CCGAAUAAAAUCGUCUACAUCAUCAGCGUGGAAACGAAUCGAUGUUAGGGGUUGGCGCAAGCGCCGAGGGGGUUGGCGCCCCUGCUUCGAGGCGAGAAGAUUGACAAAUUCCACCAAAACAAACCAGUGAGCAUGGACACUAAGAAUACGUAGCUGUUAGAGAUCCAUCGUUCUUCUUCUUUCCCUUUUUACAUCAUUCAUCGAUAGUGAUUUAGCCAACAUGAGUCCUGGACUCGGACACGAUCCUCUUCCUUCGUACAAUAUCACCGCGUUAGGUAACACGGCGUUGUGCCUGUGGCAGCAACCGCAGCAUAUACUGUUUCAACUGGCCAAUUUCUGCUUCGCGUUGUCGUAUUCGGCACCCUCGUCGAGGAAAGGGAUUUUAUUUAUGCACUCUGUCUUAAUAAUAGGCUUCAUGUUGCUGUCAGGCUGGGCAUGGCACGUGAUUUGCGCACCCGAUAUAUUUUCCUGGAACUUCAGUUUCCUGGUGUUGAACAUCGGUCAACUGGUUUACAUCGUUUAUCAAAUGAGACCCGUUCGUUUCGACCCUGAAUUGGAGGAAGCGUAUCACACUCUUUUCUAUCCGUUCAAGGUGUCACGAUUGCAGUUUAAGAGGCUGGUGUCCCCAGAAUUCGCGUCAAUAAUGUCGUUGCACGCGGGCGAAGCGUACGCAAUGCAAAAUCUAACGCGAACCGACAGAUUGGCACUGCUGCUUAGCGGUAAAGUGAACGUUCUCAGCGACUCGAAUUUCCUGCAUCCUAUUCUACCUUGCGAGUUUCUCGACUCGCCAGAGUUCGAGAGUUCUCGAGCCUCCGUAGACGACAAAUUCAAGGUAUCGAUCGUUGCCGCAAGUUCCUGCAGAUACUUAUAUUGGCAAAGAUCGGCGCUGGAGUAUCUGCUCGUGAAAGAGGCGUACCUCGCGACAGUUUUAACGACGUUGGUUGCUAGAGACAUCGCCACAAAGCUGUACGCUAUGAAUAACAAGAUUGUUACAGACAAAGGAUCGCACCUGGACAUAAGGCUGCCAACGAUCAGCGCUGGGCUAACGAUAAGCGGUGAAUACAGAAGUCCGAGAGCAUCCAGGCAAGCGCUGAUUCGCAGGAAAGAGACGUCGAUGUCUUCCGAUAAUGGUAAAAUCUCUCGAGCUUUUUCGUUUCAUUCGUCUUUUUCCUUUCCUCUGUACGAUCCAAAAAUUCUUCCAGGUGUUCCGAAAGAUCGUCAGGCGAACAACUUGUCGAAGAAAGGAGCACCAAACAUGGAACCACUCCCGGAGAUGCCGUCUUACGACGACCUGGCGUCUAGCGGCGUGGAAAGUUGGUUAGACUCGUCGAGCAAGUAUCACAGCUGCGAGAUCGUGGACGAAGACUAGCAGGAGGCCUCCUUAACGCCGGACACGUUCUACGAAGGGGAGAGCGAUUAGUGUCCACGUUAAGGAGCCGCAUCACAGUGAGACGAAGACUGCAGUUCUUUUCCUUUACUUUUUUUUCUAACUGAACAAUUAAAAUGACAGUUCGAUCUGCAUAAAUGAUCGAGAAGUUGUCUAAAAAACGCGAGAUCAUUAUGCACUUCGUUGCGUUCGUGCACGAUAAGAUCGGUGUUUUCGUUCAGUGGACCGGAUGUUUUCCCAUUGUAAAAGUGUUUUGAAAGAAACGCCGCGAUUUUACAUGUGAAAAUCAUUUUGAUAAACCGACGACAGAACGCAGAUAGUAUGUUAAUCCUCCGUCGAUUAUUUCUCAGUCGUACGUUGUUUAGAAUAUUCGAAUUCUUUCCCCUCUUUUGAUCAAAUUAAAGCUACAGAGGUAAGAUAAAUAGAUGAAGCAAGUUUUUAUUAUGAGGCUGGUUAAAGUUAACGUGUCAAUUAAUAAAUAGUUGGAUCGAAUGAGUGAGAAAGUUACGGUGAAAUGAAAAUUAAUAAUUGCGAUCGACGGAGGCUUGACUAAACGGACAACCUUCGAGCGAGAAAAUUCGUUUGUUCGGACGAGGAUGAUGUAAGAAAGAGUGCAGUAUUUCAUUCUUUGAAUUAGAGAAUAUUCAUUUGUUGAGAAAGGCGCACGUUCAAAGCAGAUAGAAUCGUCUUACAUUGAAGAUACUGUAGCAUCAUGGAGGGAAGGAUGAAACUUCCGAUAGCCUAAGCGAGUGAACACCAAGUGAAAAAACAUCGGACAGCCACAGUUACAGACGCUGUAACAUUGUCUCCGAGGAAACAACACUAGCGUUUAAUCGGAGAAUAAAUCGAAACCUCAGGUGUAGUGUUCAAAGACGUAACUCGAAGGACAUUUUUACGCGAAUUUAGAGUUUGACGCGCAUGCGAAGCGAGCUCCGAUUUAUUUUUAAGAGCGAAUUUUCAACGAGCGAUUCCAAAACACGCGAUUUCGAGAAUUAAUUGAUUAAAGUCACUACGGAAAUGAGCGUAACGAUCGACAUCGCUAAUUAACAGCCCCGUCAGGUGCAUAUAACUUAGAGAUCGUUAACGCAAGCGGCAGAAAAAUGUUGCAUUGAAGCGUAACGUAACAAGGUAAUCAACACGAUUAUUAUCGUCUAAUUAAUGCGCGCAGUAAAGAUGGAUCUCUAAACUGUUCCUUAGAUAAGAUGCACGAAUUAUUUUAUAAGCAAGAUUUUCUACCUUAGGAGCUUUUCUAGAUCACUCUAUCGACGAACGUUCCUUUCUGUCUGUAGAACAUUAUACACACAGUAGAUGUUGUAUACGGUGGACAUUUUUCUUUUUAUAGGAAAUACCGUCGAGAUCUCUGUUCGUGAAAUCCAUGUAUAGCGGUUUUAGGAUUUUAUUGGCGGUUUUAAUGUGUAAAUUGUACGUAUUGCACACGCACAUACAACUUGUUGACGAGAAAGAAACUGUUGCAAUUGAAAACGAUACACACUCGCGAUUAUACAUGCAUAUACAUAUACGGAGGGAAAAUCCGUGCACAAAGGGCUUCAAAGUGUUUUAUAAUGCACAAAUUUAUAUAGAAUACACGUACCCUAUCUGUUUGUUAAAUGCUAUAUUUCCGAAGCUACUCUAUAAGCGUAUAUAGGAAAGUUAUUACUUUUUGUAUUUUGUUAUACCACGGAACGAAGAAUGUAUUUUUGUUAAAGAUCUUUGUUGAAUUCCUCGCGCAAUUCCUCCGUGUUUCAGAUGCGAGAAUCUUUUUAUGGAAUUGGGGAAUUGUUGGAUCUCUUUUUUUUUUUUUUUUUUUUUUUAUCGAAAGCAUUGAUUCUGUCUUGCAACGGUCGGCUGCGUGUUCGUAAUUUGUAUGUACGUUAGAUUUAACGAUUAAGAGGAGCAGAGUCUGGUGUAUGUAACAUAUACGUUGUUAACUUUGCACUGUAGUCACACCGAUGGCAUUAUGGAAGAUCGAUCGAACGAUCGAUGGGGGGAGGGGUUAGUUUGUAGUAUUUAAAUACGUGUUUUAUACAGAUUUUAAUUACUGUUUUCUUGUUGUCGAUGAAUACAAUGAACGAGAACGAAAA